AUGGCAGACAGGAAAGCAGUAGUCAAAAAUGCAGACAUGUCCGAAGAUAUGCAGUAGGACGCAAUUGACAUUGCUACCCAGGCCUUGGAGAAGUUCAACAUUGAGAAGGAUAUUGCAGCAUUCAUCAAGAAGGAAUUCGAUAAGAAAUACAACCCAACCUGGCAUUGCAUUGUAGGCAGAAAUUUCGGUUCCUACAUUACCCACGAAACAAAACACUUCAUCUAUUUCUACCUUGGACAAGUGGCCAGUCGCGCAACUAAAAUUAUGAAGAAGGCCCCACCUAAGGUUGAUAAGGUCUUUGAUUGCCCCUACUGCUCGCAUUCGGCAACUGUAGAAGUGAAAAUGAUGAGACCAAAGAAAAUAGCUUACUUAAGUUGCAGAAUAUGCACAACCUCCUAUCAGCAUACUAUUUCCCAUUUGAACAAAGAGGUAGAUGUAUAUUGCGCAUGGAUUGAUGAGGCUGAAGCAAAAAAUAAGAAACACAGAGGUGGCAUCUCACAAGGUCUUGGCUUCUCUGCUCCCAAAACUGGGGAGAAUGCUGAAGAGAGCUCUGAAGAAGAGGAAAUCGUGCCUUAAUAUACCGAACCCGCCACUUAAUUUACUCCUAAGAAUUAUUAGCUAUUAAAAGGUUAAGUAGGAAAGAAUCUUCCCAGAGGCUAGUUGAGAUAAGCUGGACAGGUGCCCUUGAGAACUCUCAACGGAUAGCAAGAUAGUGAUAGCUCAGACGAUAUAAGUGAAGAAGAGAAAUCUGAAGAUGAUGAAGACGAUAGAAGAAUCACAAAGAAGCCAGUACCACAGAGACAGACAGCAACUGCUGGUGAUGAUGAAGACUCAGAAGACGAAGACCUUUUUUGA